UCAAUUUUAUAAUUUAGUUCUUCACUGUCUAUUCAAAAAAUGAUGAAAUGAAGAAAAAUCCAGAUUUAUUUUGAUUCAUACUUCAUUCAAACUUCCAAAAGUAAUUCUUCGAAAUUUGCGGAAUACUCAUUACUGCAUCGUCAUUCUGAAGUUUUGGGCACAAGUCGGUAUUUGAGUGAAUAUUUUCCUUGCUUGGAAAAACGUUUUAUAAUGAGUUCGCAAGCAGCAACCCCGAAAGCUAUUCCUGUGAAAGAGGAAGAGUCUGAUGAAGAUAAAGAACUUCAAGUGGAGCUGAAAAUAUUGGUGGAUAAAAUUACUGGAACUGAUCCAACACUAAUUGCCCCAGCCUUGGAAAUGAUGAAGUAUUUGAUUCGUACUUCGACUACUUCAAUGACAUCUGUCCCGAAGCCACUAAAAUAUUUAGCUCCUUUUUAUGACACUUUGAAAUACACCCACAAAAAAAUGGCAAAGGGGCAAAACAAGAGCAGUCUUGCAGAUGUCAUAUCCUUACUGGCGAUGGGGACUGCUGGCGGAGAAGAUGCCAAGAAGCAACGAGAUUGCCUGAAAUAUUGCCUUAGAGGUAAGGUAAUGUUUAUAUCCAAAUGGAAUCACGAAUACAUCCGUCAACUUGAAAAGGAAAUCGUCUCUCAGUGGCCGUCUAACUGCGAAAAGAGCACCAACAUGUUGAUGCCUCUCAUUCAUGAUAUUUUGAUUUUCAAUUGUAGUCAUCACGCUGAAAUCCAAGCCUGCGAUCUUCUAAUGGAAGUUGAUUUGUUGCACAUGCUCCCAGAAUAUAUGGCAAACAAUACCUACCAGAGGAUGUGCAUGUAUUUGAUGUCUUGCGCAAAAUAUGUAGAUAGUAUUGAGAGAUCGAAAAUAAUGGGAUUGAUUUGUGAGCAGUACUUGAGAUUCGGGGAAUACUCUAAAUCUCUUAUAACCGCCAUUCAGAUGAACGACAGCAAAAUGGUUGGGAAAAUUUUUUCAACUUGUAAAGAUAGAUCCACCUUAUACCAGCUUGCAUUCAUUUGUGCCCGUCACAUACACAGUGUGGACCUAAAUCCCGAUUGCGAAAACUAUGAAGAAUUGUGCAAUAUUUUGAGCAAUAGUCAUUUGAGCACCUACUUUCUAACUUUAGCAAGAGAGCUGGAUAUAAUGGAACCCAAAUCGCCCCAAGAAGUGUUUAAGACCUGGCUUGAACCUUUACCACCCCGCUUUUCAAUUUUAGGAGAACACCUGGACAGUGCGAGGCAGAACUUGGCGUCCUCCCUCGUUAACGGUUUUGUAAAUGCAGGUUUCGGCAGCGACAAACUCCUUACUGUCGAUGGAGGUAACAAAUGGAUAUAUCGCAACAAGGAUCACGGGAUGUUGAGCGCCACAGCGGCUCUAGGACUCCUCCACUUGUGGGAUGUCGACGGGGGAUUGACCCCCAUCGACAAAUACUUGUACUCGACAGAUGAGUAUAUCAAGGCUGGGGCUCUGCUAGCUCUUGGUAUAGUAAACUGUCGGGUGAGGAAUGAGUGCGAUCCUGCACUGGCUUUGCUUGGUGAUUAUGUGGCAGUCGAAAAUGAAACUUUGCAGAUCGGGGCAAUUUUGGGAAUUGGUUUAGCUUAUGCGGGUUCUCAUCGACAGGAUGUCAUCAAUCUUCUACUGCCAUUAAUACCACAAUGUAAAAACUUGGAAAUAUUGUCCAUUCUCAGCCUGUCGUGUGGACUCAUUUCCAUAGGAAAAUACGAUAACGAAGUGUCCACUACAAUACUAAACAAAAUAAUCGAACUCAAAGAUAGCGACGUUCUGAAAUCAGCUUACAUGCGACUCGUCGGUUUGGGAUUGGCGCUGUGUUACUUCGGAGCUCGUGAAUCUAUAGAGGUUCCUUCGGAAGCCAUGAACGUACUUGAUGAACCUUUCAAGACAUCCAUCCAAACCGCUCUGUUGAUGUGCGCUUAUGCUGGUUCCGGAGACGUGCUGAUUAUUCAAGAGCUGCUGCAUAUCGUUGGAGAAAAGGUCGAAAUACCCAAGAAGGAGAAAAAAGAUAAACCGGAGAAGAAAGAGAAGAAGGACGGUUUCACGAAAAUCAAGAAUGCGAGGAGGCCCGAAUGGGAUUAUUCUAUGGGGCAGGCAAUGGCGACACUUGCAGUUGCUGUGGUUUCAAUGGGAGAAGAUAUUGGUGUUGAAAUGACUCACCGGAUUUUUGGACAUGUCGGUCGUUAUGGAGACCCGUCCGUGAGAAGGGCAGUACCUCUAGCAAUAUCACUAUCUUCUGUCUCCAACCCACAGUUGGCGGUCAUCGAUAUCCUCACAAAGUACUCUCAUGAUCCAGACGAAGAAGUCUCGUCAAACGCCAUCUUUGGGUUAGGCAUUAUAGGUGCUGGUACCAACAAUGCUCGAUUGGCCGCAAGCUUGCGACAAUUGGCCGUAUUUCAUGGUAAAAAUCCUUCUCAGUUAUUUAUGGUGCGGUUUUCUCAAGGCCUUGUCCAUAUGGGAAAAGGAACUUUGACAUUCAACCCACUACAUACAGACCGGAUGUUAGUAGAUCCCUUAGCAUUAGCAGGUCUGCUGGUUACUAUGGUUGCUCUCCUAGAACCACAGAGUCUUAUACUGGGCCAAUCGCACUACCUCCUCUAUAUGCUGGCAGCCGCUCUGCAACCAAGAUGGCUGCUGACACUCGACGAACACCUUAAUACCCUACCGGUUACUGUGCGGGUUGGUCAAGCAGUGGACAUAGUUGGAAAAGCAGGAACUCCUAAAACUAUAGCUGGUAUCCAUACCCAUACGACACCUGUAUUGCUUGCAAGUGCUGAAAGGGCAGAACUAGCGACAGAUCAGUUUGAAGUGGUCGCACCUACCUUGGAUGGAAUUUGCGUUUUGAAGAAAAUGCCAACCGAGUUGCAUGUUAAGUAAAUUUACAUGUGCGAUAGUUUCAGUUAGAUGUUUGA